CCGAGUCCAGAACAUGAUCCAGAAUGAUGUGUGGUCACGUGACAGCACGGCGAUCGCUGUUGUUAUGUAACAACAUGUCUGCGGCGUUCGCCCGCACCUCAUCCGACAAACCAGCGUAAUACAAGUCGCCCAUAAUACAUUCGGAAAUCUCUGUCUGAACUUUCAAAAUAAAAGUCACGUCGUACUACUUUGUGACGCGGGCCAUUUUAUCAACACUUCCUGUCCUCCCCUCGGCACGGUUGCAGUAUUUAUGUGGUUUGAUGCGUCGUUGUGCGUCCUGCGUGGAUGCGUCGCCGGCAGAAUUUGCGCAACGCACUACAAGGACUGAGGAGGAACCGGCUGUCGUGCAGUGAAAACUGGGGCCCACACGUUAUCGACAAGUCCCGUCUGUCAUCUGACUUCGAAUCGGUCGCUGUGUACGUAAACGCCUCAUCUGUUGAGAUCGAUCACCAGCUCCACAAUGAUUAAGAACGGACACCGCAGCCACCAGGUGAACACAGCAGCUGCAGCAGCAGCCGUCAAAGACACAGGAACGACCCCGGGCGCUGCAGCCUCCAGUCCGGACAAGAGUAGGCAGAGAAUCCGGGUGUGGUGCGACGGCUGCUACGACAUGGUGCAUUAUGGGCACUCCAAUCAGCUGCGUCAGGCCAAGGCCAUGGGUGAUUACCUCAUCGUUGGAGUACACACAGAUAGUGAGAUCGCGAAGCACAAAGGUCCGCCAGUCUUCACUCAGGAAGAGAGGUACAAGAUGGUGCGUGCCAUAAAAUGGGUGGACGAGGUCGUGGAAGGCGCGCCGUACGUCACCACCCUGGAGACUCUGGACAAAUACGACUGUGACUUCUGUGUGCACGGAGAUGACAUCACACUAACAGUGGACGGAAAGGACACAUAUGAAGAGGUGAAGAAGUCAGGGCGGUACAGAGAGUGUAAGAGAACACAGGGAGUUUCAACUACAGAUGUGGUUGGUAGGAUGCUGCUGAUGACCAAAGCACACCACAGUAAUAUUGAUAGUUCUGACUACCAGCAGCACACGGACAAUUUUGGAAAGAAGGGCUACAGUCCCUGGACGGGGGUGUCCCAGUUCCUGCAGACGUCACAGAAGAUCAUCCAGUUUGCUUCAGGCCAGGAGCCACAACCUGGAGACACCAUCAUCUAUGUGGCCGGAGCGUUUGACCUCUUCCAUAUUGGACAUGUAGACUUCCUGGAAGCAGUGCACAAGCUGGCAGAAAAGCCAUACAUUAUAGUAGGGCUGCACUUUGACCAGGAGGUGAACAGAUACAAAGGAAAGAACUAUCCCAUCAUGAACGUCCAUGAGAGGACCCUGAGUGUGCUGGCCUGUCGAUAUGUGUCGGAGGUGGUGAUUGGUGCACCGUUUGCAGUCACAAAGGAUUUGCUGGAUCAUUUCAAGGUGGACCUCGUUUGCCAUGGGAAGACGGAAAUAUACCCUGACAAGGAUGGCUCUGACCCAUACGCUGAGCCCAGGAGAAAAGGAAUCCUGCACACUGUCGACAGUGGGAACAGCCUCACUACAGACGCCAUUGUGCAGAGGAUAAUAAAAAACAGGUUGUUGUUUGAGGCUAGGAACCAGAAGAAAGAGGCCAAAGAAAUUGCCGUGAUCCAGGCCAUGAAGAGACGAGAGGAGGAAAAGACUAAAGAAAGAGCUCAGGCUGUGUUAUAGGAACGACGUGAAAAAAACACCAACAAACGUGUGUCAUUAUAACACUGUUGAGCUCAACUCAAUCUAAAUUUAUCUACAGCUAAAUCGGUACCUUUUCUAAAUAUAAUGACACUCUCCAUACACAUGAUCUUGGCUUUCAACAGCGCUCUUUGGCUGUGAGAUCAUCGGGUUUACUGCCUGUGUGCACGUGUGUGUGUGUGUGUGUGUUGACAAAUUCUCUAUAUUAUGCAAAUACAUGUCCAGAUAUGACACAUACACAGAUAAGUAACUACUGAGAUUUUAACCAAGAGAUUGAAAGAGGUUAGAACUAAAAGGUUAUCGCUGUCUGUGUUGUAUUUUUUUAUUUCUCCUGUCAUUUUUUUAAAGACAAUUUAAAUGAAAUAUUAUAAAAUUUGGGCAUAUUUGGAGCAAAUGCAGGAUGUUGUUGAAGAGAUGCAGCUCAGGCAUUGAUGCACCAAGAGAGAUGUAUAUGUGGUGUUGGAAUGGGUGUAGCCCCACUAUUAAUUUAUCUGUGUAUAUACUUAUGUAUACAUUCUGAAUGUACGUGUGUAUGUUGUUAAAAAAACAACAGCAUUAAGGCUGUAAAGACUUGACUUUUGGGAGUGAAUGAUUUUUUUCCUGAUUCUACUCCGGACCUCUUCUCUGAAAUAGUCCACCACAGUAGGUUUUUACCCAUGAUAUGAAACGCACACUGUAUUGAAAUGACCUCCACGCCUGUCACUGGGAGUGCAAUGUUUUUAAGAAUCAUUACUGCUUUAAUGAAGGAUUAACAUUUUUUUUAAACCUUUAGUUUCCAGAGUGUAAUGAGAGAUGCUCAGUAUUAACCUCUGACCUCUUCCUGUCGUUUUAUUGAGCCUGGAUCAACUCAUGUCAUGUCUCUACUACAGAUGGUAUUUAAUAUAUAUUUUUUGCAGAUGUAUAUUUUACUCACCCUCCUUUCCAUUAACGACUGUAUAGAUUCAGAUUAUUUGAAAAUAAAUUAAAUAUUGUAUCAGUAUGUUAAAUUGGAAUGCAUUCGUGUAGGCUGUAAUCCUUAUGUUGAUGAACAAUACUGUAGAAAGAGAUGACUGCAGUAUAUUCAUGUGGACAUUAAUAACAACUUGGUUCUAAAAAA